ACGUUUUACAUUAUUUGGAAAGUAUUUUUUUAGAUACAUUUUGGUUACCUUCUCUCUUUCUCUCUCACUGUUUCACUUUUGGAGACCAGUUGCUUUGGCGGCCCUCACACCUCCUUUAGGCAAUCUUUGAGUAACUUUUUUUCUCUUCCUUAUUUUUGAUUUUGUUUUUCUUGGUUGUAUUUUAGCCCUGUUUUUCCGUAUUUAUCUUUUGUUGAUUUUAUUUUUGUAAUUAUAAUUCCUCUCUAAAAAAAAAAAGAAAAGAAAGAAAAAAGAAAUCCCUGCAUUAUUUGUGUCUUUAUAUUCUCACACGCAAAUUCGGAUUCUUAAGAACUUCCUUUUCUUUUCUGUUGAAAACUUCGUAGUUUUUUUCUUUCUUUCUUGCGACUUUACCGUUAAAUAAUAGUUUCUCUUGUUUAUAUGAAGCAGUCCCAUCUUUAAGCAACUUUCCAUUUAAAAUUAUUUAAAAAUUCAAAGUCCAAAGUGAAAUUCUUUACAUCACAAAUAUACAUACAUAACAGCAAGAACAACAGGAAAUAUAUUUUUUUAUUUAUUCCCUUUAUUUUUACACACAAGCAUAUAUAUAUAUACAUAUAUAUUAUAAUAUUCUCUUAUUGAUAUCUCCCACCGUGUUGUUGUUUCCGAAGUAAGCGUGCGCGUAUCUGUUACUCUCUAUCUCUCUCAGUCUCGUGUCUGUCAGAAGCAAUGAGCUUUGAGAUUCCACCCGGAUUAACCGAACUUCUACAGGGUUUUACCGUGUCUGUGCUCAGAGAACGGCCAGCCAACCUUAUCCAAUAUGCUGCAGACUAUUUUACCAAACUCAACAAAACUAACCAAAGUUCUCUGUUUUCCUCUCCCGGGAGACGAAAAGAUGAAUGGCAGACAGGUUUAUCGAAACAGUCUUCUGCCGCCACGGAGGACAGCGGCGAAGAUGACUUCCCACCGGAAGAAACAAGGAAAAUGAGUUUCUUACGACGAAAAUCUGUUUGUGCUGAAGCUUAUGAUCCAGAACAAGAUCAAGGGGAGGAAGAAGUAAAAGUAAUACAUCCUAAAAAUGAUGAACAAAGAAAACGAUUGAAUGAGGCAACAAGGAAUAUUUUGCUGUUUAGAAAUUUGGAGCCAGAAAGAUUACUGAAUGUUGUUGAUGCAAUGUUUGAAAGAAAGGUAGAACAAGGAGAGAAAGUGAUUCAUCAAGGCGAUGAUGGGGACAACUUCUAUGUGAUUGACAGUGGACAGUAUGAUGUUUAUGUCGAAGUAGAUGGACGUCAUAAAAAAGUUGGAGAAUAUGAUGGACAAGGCUUUUUUGGAGAAUUAGCUCUUAUGUACAAUGUCCCACGAGCAGCCACUGUGGUCUGCUCUGCACCAGGCUCUGUAUGGGCUUUAGACAGAGUUACCUUUCGAAGAAUUGUAUUAAAGGAUGCUUUUAAUCGAAGGAAAAUGUACACUGACUUGAUUGAGAGUGUCCCCUUGUUCUCCUGCCUUGAUAAUUAUGAAAAGUUAAACAUUGCUGAUGCUUUACAUUCACAAUCCUUCGAAGAUGGUGAAGUGGUACUAAGACAGGGAGAUGAUGCAAACUGCAUGUAUUUUGUGGAAGAUGGAGAAGUCAGUAUCACUGUCAAAAAGGGAGAUGAAUCAGUAGAAGUUAAAAGAUGUGGUAAAGGCAGUUAUUUUGGUGAACUAGCUUUACUUACUCAUAAACCGAGGGCAGCAACGGCCACAUCAAUGGGACAUUCCAGAUUUGCAGUGUUAAGUGUUGGAGCAUUUGAACGCCUUUUGGGCCCUUGUAUGGAAAUUAUGAAGAGAAACAUAGAAACUUAUGAAGAACAACUCAUUAAUAUAUUUGGAUCUGAAAACAAUAUCUCUGACCUUCGGUGAACUUUAUUCCUACAUAAUAUUCAACAUUGAAUGAUGUUUGCUCUAUUUCCACUCCGGCUGCCACUGCUGUUCCUGCCUGUUAGAAUUCACAGAGAAACUGAACGUUGGACAAAAAUAUUCUUGGUGAUCUCCAAAACAGAUAUUUUAUACUGUCAUGUAUAUGUGGUGCAGACUUUAACAAGUGUAGAUGUGCAUAAAAAUUGGAAAAAAAUUACUCAAACUAA